GUGGCGUGUCUGCGGUGUGGAGUGGGCUGUCAGGACUCAGAGAGCUGCAGGUCAGCCUGUUGCGCACUCGGUGGCACUCACGGACGGGCAGAGCGCACAAAUCUAAUUGAAUGGACGACGACAGACAUGGACUUUCCGUGGUGAAUUUAAUGAUUGGAUUCAUAUCAGAGCCACCUCUCUCCUAUUAUAACCAGGACUCACUGUAACGUGCCACUUCUGAACGGAUACAACCUUUACGCAUCCCGGGAACCGGGCAAGAGGACAAAUCCGAGACUGUCAGCAGUGGGAGACAACAGAGGAACAGGAACCAUAAAAAUCCCAAUCUGCCUGACAGCAUGUUUCAUAUCUACGCAAUGAAGCCCUGAAGACUGUUGACACAUGUGCGUCCCACUGAUUACACGCGCUGAAGAGUUACAGACGACAGUGUUGUAGGACUGUGUCGGUGUGUGGCCGGCCCCGUGCUGAGGUUAAAGCACUGAGGAGCAGAGGACUUAAACUGAAGAGUAUGGUUCAACCGUCCACCUCUGCCUACCUGCUGGGAGGGCUUCUGGGCCUGUUUCUGAUCCUGCCUGUUCAGAUGACCCAGACGCCAGCCAGCAUGUGCACGCCACUGAAGACCCUCAACGACAGCCUCAGCAACAGGCGGCGCUACAUGAAGCACAACUUUCCCAUCAACUAUACCAUCAGAGUUCAUCAUAAUGAAAUCUUUAAAGUGUCCAGCAUCAGCAAAAUGAAGUCAUAUGUGGAGGGGUUGGAUGAACUGGUUCUCCAGAGGCUGUGGUUCCAGGUCAACCAGGGUGUUUUAAAAAAGAUAAUCCGGGUUUUGCCGGAGAGACAUCCUUCACGCCCAUACACCGCUGAGCUGGAGAGACGUUUCAGGGAUUUAGAGGGCGUCUUUGUACAGUCAUAUCCUGCUGAGGUGUUUCAGCAGGAGCUUCCAGAGACUAUCCAGGAUACGUGGGAUCGUUUAACAGAGGAGCCUGAGAGAGUGCCGCCAUCCAGCUGGAGAUUGGCUACUCCCAAAUCCCUCCUAGACAACCUGUGCCACACCAUGUACUGCCUGUUCAGGGAGUGCUUUGCCAGCACAGAAGAACAGCGGGACUACUGUGGUGUCGCUCAUCGAAGAAAAGGCAGGAAGAAAGACCUAAAGCUUGAGAGCUGAGAAGAAGCCAGCGGGUUGAAGUUGUCCCUGUUGAGACUGAUAAGGAACUGGUGUCACUACCUCUCCUGAGAAAAGACAAAAGACAAUCCACACUGAAACAUGAAAUUAUAGUCCUGAUUUGUGAACAUUUAUAAGUCUUUCCCUAAUCAACUAUGAAGUGCCACAUCAUGUAAUCAAGGCACAAACCCUGCUGCUGCUCUGUUGAUAAAUAAAGUUGAAAUUGUAGAAAGAGAAGCAGUAUUGAAAGCUAAUUUUUGAAAAUGGGAACUGAAUUGAAAUUAAGUUCAUCAUGGAGUGAAUUAAUAUGCCUUAGAUCAAGCCAGAUAUCUAAAGUAUUAAAAUGGCAGCAUCUCAGGUGCAUGCUGGAAUAUUUGGAUUUAGUUUGGAGGAGAUUUGUUCCUGUUCACAUUUAUGGACAUAAUAGACAUGGGAUCACAAAGUGGAUAUUUAAGGAAGGAUGGUGUGGCAUGUACUGCUUCUUCCUCAUCAGCAGAGGGUUAACUUCACCUGGAGUGAGGACAUCAGCGUGGCUUUGCUGAAAGUAUGAUGUGCUCUGGUUUAUACCUGCAUGGUUCAUCUCAGAGAACAAGAAGAGAACUUGUCGAGAGACAACGAAAGGACUUUUAUUUUAUUUAGAAACUUCAGAGGACUUUGUAUCAUAGCCUGACUUCCCUCCAUGAACAAAGCUUUGAAACUGCAAUGAAGAACGAGAUGGAUGUCCAUGAACUGAACUUAAAGCCAAACUGAUAACUACUGUUUUCUCUUCUCAAUUGUUGACUAUGCAUUUGUACCUACAGAUUGCAUUUUGUUCUGUGCUUUCUUAAAGCACAGUGUUGAUUAAGGCAUGGUUAAAACAAGUUUUCUCCUUUUUCCAAUUCCAUGUAUUUCAUUUUUAUAUAUUUAUCAUGCACAAAGAGUAAGCAUUGAGCUCCAACAAUGGUAUAUAUUUAUCCACUUCUGCACAAUCUAUGCAUUUCUAAAUAAACCAUAGAUUUUUAUUAUUCCUAAACCAUCCUCAAAGGGCUGUUAUAUCCUCAAAGGAAUAUUUAAAUAGUUCCUUUUUAUAAAUUAAGCUUUUAGAGCAAUGGCCAAUAUUACAGGGAAAAAGUUAAGUCACAAUUUACCUCAAAAGAAUCAAACCAAGAUAAAUACAAUAUGUUAGUCUUCUGUAAAUGAAUUUCACAAGGCAAACCAGCUUCUGAAAACAUGCAAGAUGACAAACCACAUUUCAUUUUAAAAGCAUCAUACAGGAUUGGCCCCCCUUUUCAGUAUUCAAACUCAAGAUCGAAGUUGUAACCUAGACAUUUUCACUCAUCCACUUCAUUAGGUACACCUGUUCAUCUACUCAUCAAUGAAUUUCUGCUAAAGUUCAAACUGAGCAUCUGAAUGGAUAGAAAGGGGGUUCAAAUGAAUUUGAAUGCCAUUUGUGGCACAUGUUGGUUUAAUUCUCAGGGCAAAAGGAUUUAUUUCUCAAUUUACAAACAUAUGAACAGCAGGGUGGAAAUUAAUUAUGUUCACUCAUGCUACUGAAUAGCUUCUUUGUGUACUUUUACAUUUUGGAGAACUUUAAAAAGGCUGUAAUUGUACUUUUACUUAAGUAUACUUCUGGGGACAUUUUGUACAUCACUACAUUUUGAAAAGCAUCAAGUACUGAGGAAAAACAUAAACACUGAAAACCAAAACAAGGAGGUCCAAGCUUUCUGGCAACAACACCAAACUAGCUGGUUGUUCUUCUUUGACAAGAUGUGACGGUCAGUAGAGAGAGAAUGAUUUCUCAUUUCAUCCAAAAACAACUGUCGCAGUUUAGGUUAAGUCACACCUCAAAAUAAACAACUUGGUUUGAGAUUUAUAUUGUCUUGUUUUUAUUGCACAUUAAGGAAAGAUCAUAUUUCACAGUACAAACCCCUUGGUUAUCAAAAGAAGAUACUCAGCACUCAGAUCUUUGAGUAAAUCUUAACAGGCUAAAGAUUCUUUACUUUUACUUGAGUAGAUUUAUAGACCAGUACUUUCACUCCUACCUAAGUAAAUUUUUCCCAAAGUAACUGUACUUUUACUUGACUGUGAUAGUCAUGUACGUCUUCCACCUCUGAGUAACAGAAUAAUUAUUUUUCAUUGUUAGACAAACUGUACCUAAAGGACUGGGGUUUUGCUCCCAGUGAUCGAAAAUGUCAAACAUCCACAGAAAAACCCACCUUUGUCUAAAACACACCAGUCUAUGAAACUGCAGCAGUCAUUGUCUGACAACAGUCUGAGAAUGGAUGCCAAAUUCUCUGUAAUUAUGUUGAAGCCAGUGGCCAGCGUUAAACAACUUCCAGCAAAAACUUUUUCGAUGUUUCCAAAGUAGAUGUGAAGCGAUCACAUUUUAAUUGAUGGCAUUCCUCAGACUGGUGACUGCUAAUCUGUCUAACCAUAGACAAUUACACAGAAGCCCAAAAAGAAACCCAUUUUUUUCUAUUUACAUGUGAUAACAGGACUUAAAUGUGCUGAAAUAACAACAUGAUGAUCCAAGCUUUGCUAGCUCUCUCCUCAAGAAGAGAAGAAAACCACAUGUUGAAAAGCCUGUUUGCUCAAGUUGUUCAAUCUUUAGUGGAUUGCUGGCUGCACUCUAAGCAGAUUUCUACUCUUAGAGAUGAAUAAAUUGCUGUCAGAUUACAGCUGAUGGGAGCCAAUUUGUCAUUCGCAUGGAUCACAUUCUACCUGGUGCUGUAUAAGUUUGCCAAUGUACCAUUGGCCAAUACAGCUCAGACUAUAAAUGUAGUGCAAAUGGAAACAAAAAAAAACCCUUCUCAUACUAACAAUCUAGACCUCCAAGAACACUUUGUAAAAUCUAUAAAUAGAAACAGAAAACACUGUGAACAUAUAGACAAUGCAACCAGCUUUUGUAUUAUUUGAUUUGUACAAGAGUUUAACAAAAUCUAAUGCCCAGUCUGUAACAUGAAUACCAGGGAUUAAGAUCUGAUUCGGGCAUUUGGAUACCUAAGAGGUAAUGCCUAAUGCUCUGUAUGGAUGCAAAUUAAUUGAUAUCCAAUAUCUCAGACUGCAUACCCAGGUAAUCUGAGUUGCCUUCAUCAGGAUUGGGUUGGUUCUGUUAAUGCAAAGCGUACUGGUACACCUUAAAGACCACCCCAUCAACUGACAUUGUCUGUGGUAUUCCGACAGUUAACAAAAAAGCUUGGUUUUAUUUAUAUCCAUCAUUCUUUGCUCCAAGUGAUGGAAACUGCAGCUUUUUUUUAAGAUUUUGAUGUUUGGUUCAGCUCUGUAAUAAGAGGCAAUCUUGAAGCUCUUUUGGUAACAUUUGGCUUUUUAUUUGAUUCUAUUUUAUUUGUGCUCUUAAAUGGGAGCCAGCUCUGGCUCCCAUUUAAGAAUGACACAUCAUAACUUGCCCCCAUUCAUUUGUAUUACCAGUGGCUUUACUGCAUACAGCAUGCAGAGAUAGUAUGCCACAGUAACAGACAGCCACAGAUGAUGUAUGGGUUGUUGUUUGCAUAACAGGUGGGCAAGUGAGUUCCAAUAUCUGGUCAUCGCUGAUUACUUAUGGUUAAUGCAUACUGACACCGUGAUAAAAUGCAGUCACUUGGCAUAUGAAAACAGAUCAUUAAUCCCUGAUAAUGCAUUGCCUGUACAGUCCCAAUGAAACAACUAUUGUAUGUCCUGACUGCAUUGGGAAGGCAGGUUUAAAAAAAAAUGCACCCAAACAAUUGCAUGAAUCCCAGCUGCAUUUAUAAGCAUAUGUUUCAAUAUCGCAAUUGAAGCAAAUGUGAAGGAUCUGAUUGUUUCAGUAUUUCUUUCCUUCAUUUGAAUGAUCUCUGCUUUAGUCAAAGUUUUUACAGCAAAAAAAAGGAAAAAAAUGAUUGGGAAAAGAGCAUAAACUUGUGCUAUGUUAGCAUGUUUAACUUUAACAAGGCUGACCAGCCUGCAUGCUCAUAUGGCAACAAAGUAACUGUGCAUUUUAAUUGGACACAAACUACCAGUCAAUAGCUAGUCCAUACAAGUUUCCCUUUCCUAAUUUUUUAGAAAUUCAGACAAGAGUGAGCAUGUUUAAUUUCUACUGGGAAGUUGUUUGAGUUCUAAGACUAGGAUAUUGAGUCAACUAUACUCAGUUUUCUUGUAAACAGCUCAGGAUGUCUAAUAUGGCUGCUGGGGUGGGCAAUAGAUCACCUGAAUGCCCUGAAAUAGUCCUGAAGUAGUUGGUAUGUGUUCUUUAUAUGUCAAUGUUUCUUGACAGAAGCUCCUGAUUUUAUCAUUUUUAUUCCUGAUUUGUAGAAUCCCCUCUUGAAUUUCUCAUAGUCAACAGAUUUAAAAUUAAAACCAUGCAAAAAUGACUAAAUAAACCAAUAUCCAAGAACAAGAAAUGUAAGUUUGCUUUAUAUAAUUAAUCAACCACGCUUAAAUGUGCAGUUUAAUUUCCAAGUUUCAUGUUUUGUUAUGAUAUACUUUACGAUUAGAUAUGCCCUAGACUUCACCAAGUGUAUCUCUCAAAGUUUACUGUGUGUGAAUGUAAGUUUGAUUAUGAUACAUGUUCAAACCAUGGCAACCUUAUUUUGUAGACUUUUUAUUAUGACUGCAACUGUUUGGCCUGAGUCAUGUAUAAAAUGUGUUUACUGGGGCUAAACUUGGUCUUUAUGAGAAGCUCUGUAACAACUGAAUGAAAAAAAAACAAUAACUGUGUAAUGUUUUAGAUGAAAUCUGAGGACUUUUGUUGGUCAAUCCAAAAUGGCUGUAUGAUUGUCUUUUAUUACCAUAGAUGAAUUCAAAAAGCCUUGUUAUUACAAUAAUGUGAUAGAACCACCCCUGCCUUACCAAAACAGAAAGAUGAUGACUUCAAACCCAUGAAAAUUGUUGUCUCUGGUAUUAAGACACAGAUUUUUUUUAUAUACACAAGAUAUUAGAUUUAUUUAUUUUUGGAAUUUAUUAUGCCAUUUGACAGUACUUUUAUGAAAGAAAUAAAAAUUAAAUAGCUAUUUUUAUCAACUAACCUUGUGUCAAGAGUCCAAUUCAUGUUAAAGAUAUCUUUUUAACAGAAAUGUUAUUACAGUGUAUCAUUUUGCAUGAUUAAUCUGUCAGGAAUGUAUUUGUUUAGAACAUGUUCUAAGGGGCAUGAACGUAAUAACAUGUCAAG